AUGUCCCGCCUCCUCCGCCUCCGCCCCCUCCAAACCACCAUCCACCGCGCCCCCGCCGCCGCCCGCCUCUCCUCCUCCUUCUCCCGCGGCCCCGCGCCCCCCCGCCUCCCGGCCGACCAACAAGCCGAGUUCGAGCGCCUCCAGCGCGAGGCCUCCGUCUCCAGCGCCUUCCAACACCUCGUCCAAGACGACUCUUCCUCCCCCUCCUCCUCCUCUGCUGCUGCCGCCGCCGCCGCCGCCGCCGUGGACCCCUCCUCCGCCACGCAAACGCCCUCCAGCGACCCCCUCGCCUCCGCCCAGGUCAACGCCGCCGUCGCCGACUCCCAGGCGCCCCCCACCCCGACCGUCGCCGCCACCGACGAGGACACGAUGCACCCCAACUACGUCCGCGGUGCGCCCCCCGAGUUCGAGGGCGACGUCAACCCCCGCACCGGCGAGGUCGGCGGGCCCAAGCGCGAGCCGUUGCGCUGGGGCGCCGCCGGCGACUGGAGCUACAACGGCCGCGUGACCGACUUUUAA